CAGAACGUUCUUUUUCUCUGUGUGAGUCGCGCUUGGGCUUAUUUAGUCAGCAGCCAUGCAGAUUUUUGUCAAAACCCUCACUGGGAAGACUAUAACUCUCGAGGUCGAAGCCUCUGAUAGUAUCGAGAAUGUUAAGCAGAAGAUACAGGACAAGGAGGGUAUUCCACCUGACCAGCAACGUUUGAUUUUUGCCGGAAAGCAGUUGGAAGAUGGACGUACUUUGAGUGAUUACAACAUACAAAAAGAAUCGACGCUUCAUCUCGUGCUCCGGCUCCGUGGAGGAGGUAAAAAGCGUAAGAAGAAGACUUACACCACCCCAAAGAAGAUCAAGCACAAGAGAGUGAAAGUAAAGCUUGCUACUUUGAAAUACUACAAAGUCGAUGACAAUGGCAAGAUUACUCGUCUCAGACGUGAGUGUCCUAUGGAAGAAUGUGGUGCCGGUGUUUUCAUGGCAAGUCAUUUCGAUAGGCAAUAUUGUGGAAAAUGUGGGCUGACUUAUGUGUUCAAUAAACCUGAUGAAAAGUAAAGUUAAAAUGUGUUUUUUUGUUGGUUUUGCAUUUUUUCAAGACUUGGUCUUAUUAUCUGCAGACAGAGUUGAUAUAAGGGAUCACUUAAUUAGCAUCUUUUCAGCUCUAUUAUCAAGGCUCAAUUAUCAUAACAAGAGAAUUAAUUUGGUCAAUUUCCAUAUUGACAUUUGUUUUCUUAAAAAUGAAUUUGAGUGGUAAAUGUGUAUGCAGCUGACUAGACCAGAUCUUGAAAAGAUAAAAAAUGACAAUUCUAACGCUUAUUUCAGUUUACCAGUAUCUUGUUUAUCAGUUUAUAACUUGAACAAUUGCUGCUAUCUGAACUUAACAUUUUACUAGUAAGCCUAUAUAUGUAAAAUCACCAGACAUGGGUAAUAAAUUAAAACCGAAAC